CUGGGACCUCAAAAACAGCUGGAAUCUGGAACUGAGCCUAGAAAAUAGUCGAAGACAAAACCUGGGCAUUAGCUAACUGAGCUAAAAGGUUGCUUCUCACUAGGGUGUCAAGAAUAAUGCUGACUGAAGAUGGAUGCUCCUGAGUACUUGGAUUUGGAUGAGAUUGACUUCACUGAUGAUUCAGUGUAUUCUGUGACAUCCUUGAAGAACAUUCCAGAGCUGUCCAGAAGAAACGAUGGUCAGGGAGAAGAAAGACAAGCCCCAGCCAUCAACUGGAGCCGUGGUGUGUCGUCACAUAGUGGCGGUGGAAUCAAGCCGACCGGCAUCGCCGACGUCCACAGCAAAUUCCGGCCUGUGAAGAGGGUCUCGCCACUCAAACAUCAACCGGAGACCUCUGACAACGAGAGUGACAACGAGGCUCAGGCUCACAAUGGGGAAGGCAGCAGCAAAGAAGAAGCCUCUGACAAAACACCUGCAACCUGCGAAGGCCAGGGAUUUAAAGCCAAGAGCCUGGGAACCGGAGGAGUUCUUUUUGGGGAGCUGGAGCACUACGACCUGGACAUGGAUGAGAUACUGGACGUGCCUUACAUUAAAUCCAGCCAACAUGUCUCUACUCUUCCCAGAGUUCCCCAUGACAAAAGGACAGUGGGCGGCGGUGGCAACGCCAGUGACAGGUGCCACGGCGUUAAGACCUCAACACUUACCCACCCUGAGAGCCUUGCAAGUGUCACCCAGUACUGUAUGCUUUCGCCCGUCAAAUGGUCUGAUAUGAGGAAGUUGAAAUCUCUGGACCCGGACAAUCACCGGCCACCCACUGGGGGCUAUGACCACUCCACACCAGGAUCACUUAGCAGUUCCUCUGCCUCAGACAUGGAUAAACUUUUAGCCAACAGGGCCUACCCAGAGACACAGGCACACAAGACAGGGGCUGACACCCCUGGGAGCAGCCAGGCUAUGAUGUUCCCCCUCCAGGGCUGUGCUGGGUCUAGGCAGGACAGCAGUAAGACCUGGAACGGUACAAGACUGCACGGAGAGUGUGAUGACGAGACCAAGAAAUCCCAGAACAUCAUCAAUAUCAUCCGAGAGGGGCAGAUCUCUCUGUUGCCUCACCUGGCCGCUGAUAACCUGGAGCUGAUCCAGGACGAGGAGGGGAACAACCUGCUCCACAUCUCUGCGUCCCAGGGCCACGCUGACUGCCUGCAGCACCUCACCUCCCUCAUGGGAGAGGACUGCCUCAACGAGCGCAACAACCACCAGCUUACACCUGCUGGGCUCGGGGUGAAGAACGGCCAUUUGGAGUGUGUGCGCUGGAUGGUGAGUGAGACGGAGGCCAUCGCCGAGCUAAGCUGUAGCCGAGAGCACCCCAGUCUCAUCCACUACGCAGCCCGCUACGGACAGGAAAAGGUUCUGCUGUGGCUGCUCCAAUUCAUGCAAGAGCAAGCCAUUUCUCUGGACGAAGUAGACCAGUACGGAAACAGUGCAGUGCAUGUAGCUGCUCAGUACGGCCAUCUCACUUGCAUUCAGACCCUGGUGGAGUACGGCUCCAACGUCACCGUGCAGAACCAGGGCGGCGAGAGGCCUUCCCAGAGCGCCGAACGGCAGGGCCACACCACCUGCGCCCGCUACCUGGUGGUGGUGGAGACGUGCAUGUCGCUGGCCUCCCAGGUGGUCAAGCUCACCAAGCAGCUCAACGAACAAGCAACAAAGACGAAUGCUCUACAGAAUCAAGUUCAGCUACACCUAGAUCCCUUAAAAGCAGAGGGAACUUUGCCACGAUCGCCCAGCUCCCAUGUCCCGUCUGUGGAGGCGUGGCCUGAGAUGACCCUGACCGCAGAGGGGACCCCCGGGGAUGGCCACUGGAUCCUGAGGCAGAGGAGCGUCGACUCAGACACCGUCCUGCGCCAACUAUUGGGUAAAGACAUCUCAGACAAGGUGUGCACCAAGGAGAAGCUGUCCCUGGAGUUCCAGGAGGGCUCCAAAGCGGGGCCUCCAAGUCUGAACGGGGCCAACCCUGGGCCCCUGCGCAGGAUGGGGGUGGUGGAAAGACGGGAGCUGAAGCUGGCCAGACUCAAGCAGAUCAUGCAGCGCUCUCUCAGCGAGUCCGACUCGGACACCUACCCCCCUGAAGAGGCCAAACAUGGGCCCCCCCCAGGGGUGCGCCUAGAGAGACCCAGCCACCUGCCCAUUGCAGAGAGCGAGGAACCUGUCGGCAGCCUGCAUCUGGGCAUGAAGAAGCACACCUCGACCACCGAGCACAAGUCAGCUUUCGCCCUCAGCACUUCCAAGUCCAUGGAUGGAUACCCUUCGCCCACAUCGGACAAAAGCGAGCUUGACGCUGACGGGAAACCGGAGGCCGGUGGAGAUUUCCCUGACUACAACAAUGGACAAAAGAUCACGACGAGCCCCAAAAGUGCACUCAAAUCGCCUACCUCUCGAAGGAAGACCUCCCAGAACCUGAAACUGAGGGUGACCUUUGAUGAGCAGGUGGUUCACAAGAUGGGGACACCAGAGAGUGAGCCGCCCAAGGGUGCCCACAGUAAAGAAGGAGCCGGAGGUAGGACGCCCACAGGGUCUGAGACGGUGAAGCGCCCGUUCGGGACAUUCCGCUCCCUAAUGGAAUCGCUGAGUGGAAAUCAGAAUAGCAACAAUAAUAAUGUCCAAACGUCUCCCUCUGUCAAACAGUCAAGCUGUGGUGUGUCCCAGGGUUCGCCUGGCAGGAAAACUGAGGUUAAAACCAGUCCAUGUGGGCACUCCAAGGGCAAGAGCAAAGCUAGUGCUGUUUAGGGGCCUUUGUUUUUUUUUUUAAAGGACACAAUAAAAAGCAUUGUACUUUCUCUCACAGUAUUUGAUCAACUGAAGUGUCCUCUGAAGUAUCCAAUACAAUUGUAUUAGAGUAUGUAUACUUAUGCACACACAGUUAUACCAUUGGUAAAACAAUCUGUGGUUUUUCUCAUGCACUUAAUGUGCACUAGCACAAAGCGUAUACACUGAAUUAAAAAUAUAAACGCAACAUGCAACAAUUUCAAAGAUUUUACUGAGUUACUGUUCUUAUAAGGAAAUCACUCAAUUGAAAUGAAUUCAGUUGGCACUAAUCUAUGAAUUUCACAUGACUGGGAAUAGAGAUGCAUCUGUUGGUCACAGAUACUUUAAAAAAAGGGAAGGGGGCGUGGAUCUGGUUUAACCACAAUGUGCCUCAUGCAGUGUGACAUCUUCUUCACAUAGAGUUGAUCAGACAGUUGAUUGUAGCCUGUGGAAUGUUGUCCAACUCCUCUUCAAUGGCUGUGCGAAGUUGCUGGAAAUUGGCGGGACAUGGAACAUGCUGUCGAUCCAGUGCAUCUGAAACAUGCUAAAUGGGUGACAUGUCUGGUGAGUAUGCAGACCAUGGAAGAACUGGGACAGCUUCCAGGAAUUGUGUACAGAUCCUUGUGACAUGGGGCUGUUUGUUCAUUAUCAUGCUGAAACAUGAGGUGAUGGCAGUGGAUGAAUGGCACAACAAUGGGCCUCAGAAUCUCGUCACGGUAUCUGCAUUCAAAUUGCCAUUGAUAAAAUGCAGUUGUGUUCAUUGUCCUUAUCUUAUGCCUGCCCAUAUAAUAACCCCACCUCAACCAUGGUGCACUGUUCACAACGUUGAUAUCAGCAAACCGCUCGCACACACAACACCAUGCACGCUGUCUGCCAUCUGCCCGGUACAGCUGAAACCGUGAUUCAUCCGUGAAGAGCACACAUCUCCAGCUUGCCAGUGGCCAUCGAAGUUGAGCAUUUGCUCACUGAAGUCAGUUACGACACCAAACUGCAGUCCGGUCAAGUACCUAGUGAGGAUGAGCAUGCAGAUAAGCUUCCCUGAGACGGUUUCUGACAGUGCUGAAACUCUUUAGUUGUGGGCUCCUGAGUGGCGCAGUGGUCUAAGGCACUGCAUCUCAGUGCUAGAGGUGUCAAUACAGACUCUGUUUCAAUUCCAGGCUGUAUCAAAACUGGCUGUGAUUGGGAGUCCCAUAGGGCGGUGCCAAAUUGUUCGUCAUUGUAAAUAAGAAUUUGUUCUUAACUGACUUGCCUAGUUAAGUAAUGGUUAGAUAAAAACCACUGUUUCAUCUGCUGCCGGGGUGGCUGAUCUCAGAUGAUCCCACAGGUGAAGAAGCUGAACAUGAAGGUCCUUGGCUGGCAUGGUUACACAUGGUCUGUGUUUGUGAGGCCGUUUGGGCGUACUGACAAAUUUUCUAAAAGGACGUCAGAGGCCCCUUAUGGUAAAGAAAUUAACAGUAAAUUGUCAGGGAAUAGCUCUAGUGGACAUUCCUGCAGUUAGCAUGCCAAUUGUACACUCCCUCAGAACUUGAAGCAUCUGUGGCAUUGUGUUGCGUGACAACUGCACAUUUUAGUGAACUUUUGUCCCCAACACAAGGUGCACCUGUGUAAUGAUCAUGCUGUUUCAUCAGCUUCUUGAUAUGCCUCCCCUUUAAGGUAGAUCGAUUAUCUUGGCAAAGGGGAAAUGCUCACAAACGAGGAUGUAAACAAAUUUGCAAUUUAAAAAAAUAUAUAUUUUUCUUUUUUAAAUAAGCGUUUUGUGCAUGUGGAACAUUUCUGGGAUCUUUUAUUUCAGCUGAUGAAACAUGAGACCAACACUACAUUUUGCGUUUAUGUUUUAGUUCAGUGUAUUUGCAACCACUGUAUAUAUUUAAAGCUUCCUUCACAUCACUUCUAAUCAUUCGUAGUUUCAUUAUCUAUGCAGUGGUUGGUUAUUGCCAAUAUUUGAGUUCCUGUCUGUAUCAGUGACAUGUAUUGAUGAGAGGUUUGAAUGCAGUGAUUUAAUAUAACCACACUUUGAGAAUGAGGACAUGUGUCCUUUUCUAAUUAUGAUAGCAUUGUUAGGGCUCUGGUGGAAUAUAAAUGGUUGAUCAUGUUUUUUGUUCUUAUCUUUGGUGUAACACACAUUUGACAAAAUGUCAAACGAUGAAUUUGACACUUCCUUCAGUACAAAUGCAAUAGUUGCUCUAGUCUAUGUGCGGUGUUAAACCUAAAGUGUAUUUUACAUUUUGUAAAAGAGUUGUUAGGUUUUGUAUGCACAAAGACGGAAUUAACCAAAUGUUGAAGAUGCUUUGCGCCCUCCCACUAGUUACGACAAACUCUGAGCUGAAAUAAACCAUUACUUGUCUUCUGUC